AUGGUGGCGACCCUGGCGGUGGAAGUCGACGGCCGGUCCGAGGGAGGCCUGAGGGCCGGCGCGCGCAGGAUCCUCAAACACGUCCGCCCGAACUGGCCUCAUGACAGACUGCAUUUUAAGACCUACACUGCGGGCGUCACCAACAUCCUCGUGGGCGUGUGGUGCGAGAGCGAGCGAGACCAGGUGUUGGUGAGGGUGUAUGGCAACAACACCCACCUCUUCAUCGACAGGCAAGAGGAAAUUAACACAAUGAAGAGCGUGACUCACGAGAACGUGUGGAGGGCGGUGUCCAAGCAGGUCGCCAAGAUACACAAGAUACAGGUCAGGGGGCAAGGGACAAAAGAUACAGGCCAAGGGGCAAGGGAUACAGGUCAGGGGGCAAGAGGUACAGGCCAGGGGACAAGGGAUAAAAGAUACAGAUCAGGGGACAAGCCCGGCGACAAAAGGAACCCAAUGCUGUUCCCGAAACUACGGAAGUUCCUCUCCCUUCUUCCAGACUCUUUCUCCGAUGCCGAAAAGCAGAAAAGAGUCGCGGCGUCGGGUUGCACCAAAAAGCUGCUGAGUCAGAUGUCCGACGAGCUGGAGGACCACCUGGUACCCUUAGGCUGCCCGGUCGUCUUCUGCCACAACGACCUCCUCGUCAGGAACAUCAUCUGGGACGACGACCACGGCAGCGUCACCUUCAUCGACUUCGAGUACGCGGCGCCCAACUACCAGCCGUUCGAUAUCGCCAACCACUUCAAUGAGUACUCGGGAAUGGAGGAGCUGGACUGGACGCGCUACCCUAGCCCCGACGUACAGCGCUCGUGGCUCCGUAGCUACCUCUCCGAGUACCAGGGCGUGGUGGAGGACGAGGUCACCCUGCAGGACAUCGAACUCUGGAGAGGCUGGGUCACGAAGUUCACCCUAGCGUCUCACCUCCUGUGGGGCGUCUGGGGGCUUCUGCAGGCCUGCCAUUCCUCGCUGGACUUCGAUUACAUCACGUACGGCAUAUCUCGCAUCGCCGAGUACAAAAGGAGGAAGGAGGAAAUAUUUCGCUUGGACGUCGCCAUGAAGUAA